UCCCAUCCGAUGUGGACAGCGGAUCAGCUGGAGGCGCAAUCGAAGAUUGCAGCGGUCCCAGAUCCAGCUGUACACACUGGAACACUCUCCCAUGUUGCUUGUCUGUGUUUUAUUGUGUUAUGGUGUGAUGAUGUCUGUGCACUCCUGGAUUAUCCUUUUGUGUUACAUAUUUCGAUGUUUUUUCCCUUGCUACCUAGCCUGACCUGUCUCCCCAAUGUGAUGUUUGUGUAUUGUAUGUACGGUCGGCAAGGUCUGUCAUCUCGGUUGUUGGCAGCUGCAACUGACAAAUAGAGGCCAUCUCAUCUCAACUAGCUAACAUUACAGCCAACAGCUAAAACAUUAGCACUAAAGACCUACACAGAAUAUAUCGCCAUAGACAUACAAAUAACAUAAUUUCAGUUUGAUGAGUUUAACUGCAAAGCAGAUAAUGCUAUUAGAAAUUGAAAUUUAUUUUUUUAACUUACUUUUGGCAUACAAAUUACUUUUUUUCUUCUUAAAUUGUCCGUGUUUGCCAAAAUGUGCUAAUUUUUCACAUGUGAUAGAAGAACUGAAUUUGGCAUGUACAGGAUGAAUCACAUCAUUUGAAACUUAGCUCUGAUUGGAGAAAUUGGAAGUGUUACAACUGACCCACAUUACGGUCUCCCCUACUAUUGGAAUCCUCUUCUUGCCUAUGGAGAAAUUUAUCCAUUUGUAUUUUCUGAAUGAGCCAAAUGUGAUUUUUGUAAAUAUAUUUAGAAAACUAUUUUCACCUUCACAUAUUAAAUGAAUAAUUCUGAGUUUUCUAAUAAAACAUUGCUCAAAGUUUUUUUUUUGUUAACUAAAAAAAUAUUUGGGGCAUUUUUUCCACUUUUUCCAAAUCUGACUGUAACGGUGAGAAUUCCUCAGAUUCUCGUUUAGACAAAUUGUUUUUUCACAUAAUCUUAUUAUUCUAGAAAUUAUUUUAAUUUCUCUCUCGUUUAUCUUUAGAGAAAGCAUUUUCCUUUUGAAAACUUUCUGAUAUCAAAUUUCAUUUCCGUGAAAACUCUUAAAUAGUUUUGCUUGUUAAUAAGUCUCAGGGCUUAACUUUGGAUUAAUUUAGUUUCCAACAGUCUUUGUUCUGAAUUUGUCCAAAUAAUUUCAAAUCAGUCUUAACUGGACUGCUUUAUGGUCUGUCAGGACUGUUGUUUCUUUACUCAUUGCUCCACGUAUAAAGAUCUCCUGUCACAGAUAUGUUCGAGCUCGGAUGAUGUUUGGUUCAUGGGGGCACCUAUCCAUGCUUUCAUUCAUCACUGUGCUGGCAUCACCUCCAUAUAAAAGUUUAGCUGAAGGACAUGAAGAUAACAUCUGCCUUAUCUUCUGUGGUUAAAAAUAAAUAUACAUUUUGCAUUUUAUAAUUAAAGCCAUUUAUAAAGUGUGACUGAUCAAUAUCAACCAAUAGUGUAAUCCAUUGUUCGCUGAUGUUGCAGUUUAAGUGUGAACAGCUGCAAAUCUGCUGUCACCAACAGAAACGUGCUGCCUUUCUCACUCUUCUUCUUCAUUAUUUAUGUAUUUAUUGCGUUUUUAAAGAGUCACAUUUUAUUUGAAAUUAAAUUUGCCGACUUAUUUUAGGUUUUCUGGAUUUUCAUCAGUUAAUGUAUUUAUUUUAUUUUUGCUGUUUUAUUGUGACCUCGCAGUAUUACUUUUCUUCUUAUUUGGUUUCUCUUUAAUGUUUUAUGCUUUGGCCGAAGGGUCUCUAUUCUAUUUCUAGUCGCUUCUAUUGAAUGUUUUUGCUGUGCCCGCUUCGGCCUGCAGGGGGCAGCCGCGGCUCAGAUUACGCCUUAAAGCGGAACUUGUGUUUCCGUGUUGUGUUUCCUCAGGAGCGUUAACAGCUGUGGACAGCAGACGGCAGGGGGGUGGAGGGGUGUGUGAAUCGAUUAUUGCUCAGCUAUCGAUCUCAGCACCGUGAGGUCCAUGAUGCAGUGCGGCUGGUCCCUCAUGGGUCCGCUCAGGUGGCUUCACUACGUCAACAAAGAGGUGAAGGUGAGAGCGGGAAAAGGCGAGGAGCACCGCGGCUGGCUGUUGAGCGUGGACCCGGUGUCCGCCAGUGUGGUCCUGGUGUCCUUUGGUGAGGCGGUGGCGGUGCGGGUGGUGAUGGGUCACGCCGUGGAGGCGGUGGAGGUCCUGCGAGCGGCUGAUGAUGAGACGGCGAAGCGUCUGUGGUCGGUCUUCCUCCCCCCGCCGUCUCCUUCCCUGGACCCCAAGGAGCUGCGUCAGCGGAGGGAUGCCGUGCGGCGGUGGCUGCAGGAGAACCGGAUCCCCGUGGAGGAGGAGGGGGAGGAGCUAAAAGUGGCGGGCGUCCUGACGAUCGCUGCGCCCUAUAGCGCCCAGGACUGCAGGAGCUCCAACCAGAUCAUCCUGGACCGGAUCCAGAGACUGAUCGGGAUCCAGGACUAUACCAAUCAGAGGUUGCCACUCUGAGCUGGGCCAGUCACCAGGUGAGAAGAGACCUGCAGCAACCACGAAGAACCAGGAAAUCAGAGUGCUGGCUCACCUGGGGUCACCCGGGGUCAGGGUGUGCACAGGCGGAUUUCAGUUUCUGUUGUCAGACUCCAGUAAUCGAUAAUUAUUGAUCUGCUGUAAUCAUUGACACCUGGAUGUUGCUGAUGUGAUUGAACAUCACCUGACUCACCUGCGUCAGUGUCAGGUGUCUCUGGUCUGUCCUCUGAGGAGAACUGAGCUCUGCUCUUUAUUUGCCCGUUGCCAUGGUGACACCUGCGCCUGUGGGAAUGACUUGCUGCAGACUGAUUCCCGGAGCGUUGUUGGAAAUUUUUCUUUGUUGCAAAGUUUCGUGUCGUUUCGUACUUUGUAACAAAAAUUCAGACUUGAGUCAAACUUUAACCCCAAGCUUUGAUCUUUGUCAGUUUCAGUAAACAUGGGGAUGAAACGUCUACCGAAUCAUUUAAUCACUGUAAAUAAACUGUAAGGUAAUUGUUGUAUCUAUGGUAACAAGACACCCGUCCCUCCACGCAUUUAUUUCAAUAUGCUCUGCUUGGUUUUGUUUGUUGAAUGCAGAGCAGAGAAACACCUGUAUCCUGGGGCUUUGUGUGUGUUCACAUUGUCAAUAAAGUUAAUUGAAACCAGCCCAGAGUGAGCUCGAGGUCACAGCCCAGCGCCCCUUAUCUGCUCUUUAAGUGAUGACAAGAUGAAUCCUGCUCCAGGCCCAAACUACUCUGCAUUUAUUUAGGCUAUUGUGUUUUUAACAUGUUUUAAUGUUUUGUAUCUUGUUCUAUUUAAUCUGAACAAGCAGAGCUGUACGUUUUAAUUUGUUUCAGAAAUCUCUCAGUCAGAACAUGCUAUAUCAUGUUUAGAUGGAAGCUAGCGAGCUAACUUCCUGCUAACUUCUAACUCUGUUAAAUGUAAUAAAUUCUGUUUUCAUGGA